GGUGCGCCAUGCCUAUUUGUUUCAUUGAUGGUUCUUGAAGUGCAGAACCUUGUCUUGUCAAAACAGUUGUCUUGGCGACAUUACAGAAAGUAUUCGUCUUUAAAAGUUUCCAUUAAUUGUCGCCCAGUGCUAAUCUGCCUGUUUCCCCUGCUGAGAUAACGUGGGAAUUCUUGAUUCCCACUGCAUUAAAAGUUCGUCGUGACUACACUACCAAUCAAUAACAGAAUAGGCCUAGGGCAAGCUUCUUUUUCCAGCGAUCUGCUGAACCGCGUACUGUACGUUUCGUCCUCAGACUGUCACUGAAAGUUAAUGUUACGUUCCGACUAAAAGCAGGUCUUGCUGGAACUGCCUUACUCCAUGGAUGAUCUGAUUGAAGUAUUCAUCAUGGACGAUGAAGAAGACGACGAAGAAGACGAUGAAGAAGACAAUGAAGAAGACGAUGAAGAAGAUAAUGUGGAAGGCAAUGAAUUAUAUCAGACUGAUUCUGACAGUGAUCAAGAUGAUUGGAAUGAAAAUGAUAUUUGGUAUGAUGGUGAUGCUGUAAGCGACUGCUCCCUGUAUGGCUCAACAACGAGCAAUGAGGGAGAUGUCCCAGAUGAUUUUGAAGAUUUUGAAGAGGAAGAUCUUGUAGAGGGAGAUCUUGAAGGGGAAGCUCUUGAAGAGGAAGAUCUUGAAGAGGAAGAUCCUGAGCCCAAUGGUGAAGAUUAUGUUGCUGAAGCUGAUGAGUAUCUGGGCGAAGGUGAAAUUAUUGAUGGCUUCCUUGAACACUUGGAUGCUGACAACAACCAUGUGCAGUUUGGACCUGCUGGCAUUGAGCAGAAUGGCUAUGUUAACCAUGAACAUGAUUAUGCUCAUGAUGGCCAGAGAGAUGGUGUUGUUGUCGAGGUUCAUCUGCGCCACCCCCUGCAAGGCACUGAUCCUGUUUCAAGUUUGAACAAUAUACUUUCUAAAGUUGGCUGUUCUUCUAAUCUUGGGAAUUCAAUGCCGGAAACGCAGGCUUCUUUUUUCCGGCCUAGUUAUUUCAACAGGCAGGCUGACCAUCAGUCUGAAGAAUCAUGUGGAAAAUCAAGGGAGUUGGCAGGAUGCUCUUCUUCAAAUCAAGGAGUGAAGAGAGGAAAUAAUGCAAGCCUAGAAAAUAUUGAAGCUAAGCGAGUUAAACCUGAAGAAUGCCCUCUAGAGAUAAGUGCUGAAAUAACUAGGAAAACUGAAGAACAGAUUAGUGCAGAACAUUAUCCAAAUAUCAACAUGAUCCCAGAUGACAUGUUAUUAGAAAUAUUUAGUAAACUUAGUUUGAAUUCACUUAUUAACAUUGCUCCAGUGUGCAAGCGAUGGUGUGAAUUGUCCAAACACAAAAGUUUGUGGUUCACUGAAGAUGUAGCCUUUGACCGUUGUCCUCGUCAUUCUCGUUUCUUGCGAAUUGUUCGUGCUGCUAAAUAUUUGAGAACACUAGAUGUUAGUGAUAUGCAUGCUGUACAUGGAGAAGCUCUUUCAAGCCUUCUGAAUGGGCCAGAAAGUGUCCGACGUUUUUAUUGUUUCUGCGUUGCCCACCCAAGGGUCAUAGUAGAAUUACUAGAACGCUAUCAGAAUACCCUUGAGGAGCUCAAUAUUUCCAUCUCAGAUGAGCGCCUAUCAUAUGGGGAAGGUGGCACCUUCAAAGAUGGUGUUAAACCUCGACCUGGCUUUUUGCUGAAACUUAUUUCUGAAAUGAAGAAUUUGAGGGUAAUAAGAUUUACUGGAACAAUGCCAUCCAUCGGCCAUCAUCAAGGGCGUGUCAAUCCGAAGUGGUACUUUGGGGAGCUUGAGAACCCAGACCUAAAACUGCAAGCAAUAGCUAUGAGGUUUGAAAAUCCAAGAGAGAUACUUGUUCAAAAAUUUAUUAUCCCAUUUCUAAGAAGUAAAAUACCUUUCCUGAAAGAGCUUCACCUUACUACAGAUAUCUGGAAGUACAAGGAAGUUCAAGAAAUUGUGAAAAACUGUGAGAACCUUAAAGCAUUAGUUAGAUUCCCAAUUGAUUGCCUGCAUGCAUUGGAAGACUGCAAACAACAGCUUUUCAUUGACUUUGUUGUCGGGUCAUGGAGUGAUUUCAAAAAAAUCAAGAGAUUGCUGACUAAUUAUAAGGGGCUGUCUCACAUCCAUGAGGUGUCUCUUCGUUUCUGUGACCAACUUCGCAUGAGAUCGGAUGAACAUAUUUUGGACACCAGACUAGAAACAUUCCUCCCUAUGCUAGCAGAAAGUCUUCACUCUUGCAAACGAGUCCACAUUUUCAGGUGGGAAGCCGCUCGACCUUUUGUUGAAAGUGUUCAUAGUACUUGUGCGUUGUCAAAGUUUCUCUAUGCUCUUCGUCGUACCCUUGAAGAAGUUCAUGUGUCAGAUGCAUAUAAAAGUGGUAAGCAUUUCCCGCAGCUUAUAAAGGUUAUCAAAGAAAGUGUUCCCCACCUCAAGUCCAGAGGCAUUGCUGCGAAUUGUCUGGGAAAUAAGGGCUUGUUGUUCUCUGUCCGCAAUAUAUCUGAAAGUGUUAUUCCCAAUGCAGGAUCACUUUUGUUGGAACACAAGCAGGUAAAUUAUGAAAAAGAAGGUCAUUGAAAAAAAAAUAAUGUAAAAAUAGCAUGUAAGAGAUUACGAAUGUAAUGUUUUGCUUUAUAAAACAAUUCUUCAUUCAA